AGGGCUAACAAGACUGUGGAGUUACAGACGGGUCAAAAGUGAAGACUAUGGAGUAACAAAAGUGACACAAAUGGAAAACAAAGGGGAAACAGUAAAACAAGACAAGGUCAUACGUUACACUGUUGGGGAUGGCAGUGGAAAUGAAUACUCCACUGCACAUGUAGGUCGCAUCACUGGGAUCAGAGUCUGGGAAUAUUCUAGCACAUACAUUAGAGGAAUCCAGCUGAGAUAUGACCGUGACUGGACAGAAGUGAUUGGUGUAAAUUAUGGCACUCUAAUGGAGAUGACACUCCUUGACAAUGAAUCCAUCAUUCAGGUGUCUGGAAAGUAUGACAAUGGGUACAUCUAUGAGUUUAUGUUUGUCACCAAUCAUGGGCGAUCAUUUAAAGUGGGGCAGCCUUCUGGAACUUCAUUUAACUUCUACCCGACCCAUGAUGGAAGUGAACUGCGUUUCCUCAGUGGUCGACAGAAUGGAAAUGGAAUCACCUCCAUUGGCGCUCACUGGGCUGUGAACCCCACCAGUGUUACCAAUGUAAUGGCUUUGGGUAGUGCAAGCCCAGCUCUGCCAUGAACUAAAUCAGUUUUACUGAAUUCUUCCUGCCAACACCAAGGAAAUGUCUAACUUUUAACUUUCUGUUAACAUUUUAUGCAAACUUCUCUUUCAACAUGAUAAUUACUUGUUUUGUUAAUCUCAGCCUAUACUUUAUGUUGAGUGGGUGUUCCAAAAUAAACUCAAGGAAUCUUUAGUGUGAAUAAAAAACUGAAAAGUAUUAUUAUAAUUGUCUUGCCUUUAUUACUACCCAUUACACUUUGAGCAAAAUUGUAUAGGACAUUUAAAGUCAACAUGAGAAGUGCAGCCAACUUUCAGCAACUUCUUAAUUGGUUUCAUAUUUACAUUUCUUGUCACAGUCAGGGGAGAAUUAUGACUAGCAAGAGCCCCGGGGCCAAUUUCCUUUUAUCUGCUUUAAGAUUCUCUUUCUUUCUUUCUUUCUUUCUUUCUUUCUUUCUUUCUUUCUUUCUUUCUUUCUU